GUGCAAACUGUCCCGUGUAGAGAACGGAGCGACAGAACAGGCAAAGCAGCGUCGCAACUUCAACAACUUCGUUCGUUCGUUCAGCGUACGUUUCCGUUUUUAUUUUCCUUCUAUUGUUCCAUUCUACCCCAAAUUUGGCUUCGUGAACCCGUGAAUUUUGCUCACCAAUGGCCGUACGGUGGACGUGAAGGCCGGUUUUCGAGGCCUUGCCUGGCGAAGGAAAAGCGGCCCACCCGCGGAGCCUAGGUGUCCAAACGCACAGAAUCGAACAGGGAACCUUCUUCCCCCUGGAAAAUGGCCACUGCUACUACGGUUUGGAUUUCGUCUUGCAAUAUUGUGUGUUUCGGUGGGCUAGGGUCCCACUUUUUUCGCAGCAGCAGUAGAUCCAGCACCUAGUUCGUCACGGAGCUUCGCCACCACCACCAUCAACACCCUCCCCGGGGAGGUGGUGUAGUCGUGUGCAGCACCGUUUGCAUACACUGUAUCACUUUAUAGCUCUGCUAAUGCGAAACGAAACAGAAACAAGCAAGCAAAAAAAAAGUUGGAUUCUCUUGAUACAAGCGUUUAUUGCUAUCUGUGUGUGUGUUUGUGUGUCUGCGCGCGUGCGAUAAAUAAAUGUGUGCCCAAAAAAUGCACCAAAACAAAGCGAAUCUUUGUGUUACUUUUUUAUUGUUCUACCUAUUGUAUGUAUUUUGCCACAUUAUUUAUAUAUACGUGUAGUUUUUUUUAUUAAUUGUUGUUUAAAAGUGAUUUUUCCUUACGUUUUACUCAAAUGACAAAUGUUACUACUUUAUUUAUGAAUUAUGACGGAUCGAUGCCGUAUUGUCAAAGUGUUGCUUUUUGUUUAGUAAAAUUUUGUCUACAUGUGUAUUAUAUUAAAAUUUUAAGUUAAUUUUUAUAUUCAAAUUUAUUGAAAACAAUCCACUUGUUCUACCUUUUCAAAGUGUGAAAUUUUAUCAAAAUUAUAACCAGCAAUACUUAUUUCAGGAUUCUUUUUUGUUUUGUUUGCCAUAUACCCAACUCAAAGUGUCUUUUGAAAUAAAAUGUCUCCACUUACCGAUGAUAAUAUCACAAAACAGUGCAUAUAAAUAAGACAGUGCAAAAUACAUAUAUGUCGAGUGCAUCACACUCGUAAUGAUUUCAUCUAGCGAAGAAAAAAAAUGGAUUCACUUGAACAAGCGUUAUUGGUCGGUGCUGCUACAAGCAUUAGUCAACCAUCCUAACCGCCGAACAUAUUUUGGGGUGUGUAUGUGCGUAUGUGCACCCCGCCGACUUUCUUCCCAUUUCAGGAUAUCCCUAUUUAAUGAAACGAACAAACUUAGUUAUAAUGAAAUUACGCGAAAAAUUACAUUUUAAGAUUUAAACUUUAGAAAAAGUUUUACAAAAUUAUAAACCUCGCAUUAUUUAUAAAUUACUAUAAUUAUAUCUUAAUCAUAUAUAUAUAUAUACAUAUAUUGAACUAUAUACUAUUAAUAAUAACGGAAUCGCGCAACGGAGCUGGUAGAACUUUAUACACGAAACAAAACACUACAACACUGCAACUGAACUUACACGCGCCCACAACCCAUCUGUUUUACAAUAAAACAUUGUAAAUCACACUACGCCAACAAAAAAACAAAACACACAAACAUGACUUCUCGCAAACAGACAAAGUUCUCCACCAAAAUUCAGUUCUACCUGAAGCACAGAGAGUCGCGCAUACUGAAGCUGUGCAACGACACCAUCGGCCCAGUGCCGAACGAUUCACUGAGCAAAGCGAUCUUCAGACUGUUGUCCAAGCCGGUAGACAAUAAAGGCAUUAUACAACUUUUUGUCGACAAGGGCCACCAAGCUGCGCAAUCGACUACCACGACUAACAGCAGCAGCAACAUCAGCAACACUGUGAAGACCGCACUGCCAGAGUAUCAGAAGGAUGUGGAACGCUUCCAUGGGCGCAUCAUCUGUAACGACAACACCUGCAUCAUCGACCCGGUCGCCUCUCCUAAGAACGACAGCAAUUCGAAUCCUCGCACACACUCCUUCCGAAUUGUCUCGUUCAGCAAGGAGAGCGAAGCGGCCCGGGGUGGCGGUGCCGGUGGCAGUGACGCGUUCGCCGCCACCGACGAUGAAACGAUCGGUGGUGGGUCGGCCGAGCAGGAGCAGGCACAGAACCUCAUCACCCGAUCGCCCACGUCGCCAUCGUCCGGUGGCGGCCCGGGCCCGGUUACUGCCACCAACGUCGUCCCGAUGGCCGGUGGUUCGACCAGUAACCAUAAGGCGAUCCUGAUGUGCUUCAGCUGCAAGCUCAGCUUCGGCACCUGCCGAUCCUUUAUAGCGCAUGCCAAAAUAGAGCACAGUCUCACACUGAACGACUACGAGCGGAUGCUGCUGGAGAAGAACUACAGCAGUGCCAUCAUACAGACGAAUGCUGAGAAGCAAUUCUUUUUCUUGGUUCCUUUCGAAGAGAAAUCUUCAGCCAAUAGUAACAGUAGGAAACACGUCGAGAGCGAUGAGAGAUACAAGACCAAUAGUAGUAAUAGCGGUAGCAACAGCAGUAGCAGCAGUAGCAACAGCAACAGCAGCAGCAGUAGUAUCAACAACAACAGCAACAAUGGUGCUGCCAAUGCGAUCGGUACUGUCGGUAGCACGAUCGGUAGCAACAGCAUCCUAGGCAACAGUAACAUCAAUGGCAAUCACAGCAUCAGCAACAGCAGCGGUAGCAAUGGUAACAACGUCAACAGCAUUAGUAACAGCAGCAGCAGCAACACCACCACCACUGCGAACAAUGGUAUCCUCGGAUUGCUUUCACAGCAACAGCUGCAAUUACACCAGCAGCAGCAGCAGCAGCAGCAGCAGCAACAACACCAGCAACACCAGCAACAGCAGCAACAUCAGCAGCAGCAACUACAGCAACAGCUACAGCAACACCACCUACAGCAGUCGGUCACCCAUCCAGCGGACGCAUUCCCGCCCGGUAGUAUUGGGUUCGAUGCCACCGGCAGCUUUCCGAAGCUGACCGCGAACAGUGCACUCCUGUACGAGAUGGACAGCAAGCUGCAGCAAAGUUGGAAGCUCGCCGCGGAAAAGUAUAGCAACGCGAUGAACGAAAGUGCGGCGAUUGCGGCUGCCGCCGCCGCCGCGGCCGCCGCUGCUGCCGCUGCCGCCGAAGGAGACAAAAAAGCGUCCGGUAACGGGGGCAAUGGUGGUGGUGGCGUGGCCAGUGCUGCCGCCGCCGCCGUCAGUGGGAAGUUGUUGACCGAUUUCCUAAACCAGCAGAAGAUGCUUUCCUCGGUGGGUGAAAACCUGUACGGCAAGCAGAACAAGUUUCUCGAGCUGAUCAGUUCGGCGGCAGACAUGAAGCUGAACCCGCUGGCAGCGGCUGCGGUGGCGGCGGUAGCCUCCAACAAGGGCGCAGGACCGGGCGGGUUGGCUGACAUGGGUGGCGUCGGUGGUGCUGGGGGCGGUGGUGGUGCGGGUGGUGUCGGUGUUGGUGGAGAUUACCAUCUGAAGAAGUAUAGCCCGGUGGAUCUGUACAAGCAGUUGAUUGCGAACAACUUCCGGCCGGAAGCGAUGGACGUCGGGGAGGAGUUGAAGAAUGAACAUCAGAUCAGCGUGAAGAAGCUGGAACCGGAACCAUCGACUGCCUUCCGGAACAGCAACUUCAGCCCAAACAUUUCGACACGCAACUCCUGCAAGACGCUCAAAUGUCCGCAGUGCAACUGGCACUACAAGUACCAGGAAACGCUCGAGAUACAUAUGCGUGAGAAGCAUCCGGACGGGGAGACGGCCUGCAGCUACUGUCUCGCCGGGCAGGCCCACCCGCGGUUGGCACGGGGCGAAUCGUACACCUGCGGAUACAAGCCGUAUCGGUGCGACAUUUGCAACUAUUCCACCACCACGAAGGGCAACCUCUCGAUUCACAUGCAGAGUGACAAGCAUCUGAACAACAUGCAGGACCUGAACGGCAUGAUGAACAAAAGCAAUCAGAACUUUCUUAACCUCGCGACACUGCAGGCGAACGAGAAGGUGGUGAACAGCUCGCGCAAUCAGUAUAUGGCGGCGGCCGCCGUAGCUGCCGCCAGUGCCCCACUAUCCUCGAUGGCGGGCAAGCUCGGUGGCGGCGGUGGCGGCGGCGGCAGUGGAGGUAUUGCUGGUGGCGGCGUUGGUGGUGGUGUUAAUGCCCAGUCGAAGGAUGCCGGUCCGGUAGGGUAUGAGACCGGUGGGCGGCCCAAGUCCUUCUUCAAGUGUGACAUCUGCAACUACGACACGAACAUUGCGCGCAACCUGCGCAUACACAUGACGAGCGAAAAACAUAUCAGCAACCUGAACUCGUUCCAGUCCAGCUUCAAUCAGCUUAAAAGCCUGCAAAGCCUGCAGCAACAGUCGCAGCAACAGUCGCAGGACAGCCUCGACUAUCUGAGCGCAAUCAAUCUGAACACGCUGAAGGAAGACUCGCCGAUGGCCCGGGUGGAUGAGUAUACGGCGGCGGCCGCAGCAGCUGCUGCAGUUGCGGCGGCAACCGCCAAUGCCGGUGCCAGUGCCGGUAAUAACAGUACCAGCAGUGGCAGCAACAGCAGCCUGAAGCCACUGUCGAUGCCCUCGUCACCGUUCGGUGCACCGCUCGAGACGGCUACGCCCGAUUCGCUGUUCCUGAAUCAACCCUCGCCAUUUAGUGGGGCCAGCGAACCGGGCACCGAGCGGGAUUACCAUCAUCAUCAGCUGGAUGAGGACAAGAAUCCGCUGCACUUCGAUCCACCGAUACGGCUGUCGCUGGAUCCGUCGACCUACUACAGCUGUCUCGUAUGUGCGGACUUUGAGACGAACAAUCUCGAGGAGCUGAAGAAGCACGUGCUGAAGGACCGAGCCAGCAGCGCAAUGGAUACGAUCCUGCUCGCCGGUCAGGAGUGUUUGCUCUGCGGGCAGAAAGCACACGACCGGUCCGAGCUGGAACGGCAUCUGAAGGCGGACCACCAUCUGAGGCGGCUCGAGCUGAUGAUCCAUCUGCUGGAAGGGCGUGACAAGAGCGCGUCCAAAUUGCGCCAGUUCGUCGGGCAGGAGCUGUACAAGAAGCUGCAGCUGAUAUUCCCGUUGGCGGAGGAACCGAAAUUUCCGUACGAUGAGAUGCCAAGCGUCAGUGAAAUUUCGCGCUCUCCGCUAAUGCUACUGCUCGAGCCGAAAACCGAAUUGAUCGAGCGGGACUUUGGUGCCGGUGCGAACGGUAUCGACAGUGAACCAUCAUCGUCCUCCUCGUGUCCGGACAAUGUGCAGCUCAAGUGUAACUGUUGCAACUUCUACACCACCUCGCUGGAGAAGAUCGGCAUCCACAGCCUGUCCGAGAAGCACAUCUUCCGGCGCAUCUGCUUCGACUAUCUGCUGCUCAUCUCGAGCGAAAAAUCCACCCUGGCGAACGUAGGCGUGAAGAGUGAAGAUGGAGCAAAGCAGCAGCCGAAAGCAAACCAGCUGAUGCUGACCUGCGUGCCCUGCUGCUUCAAGACGGACCACAUCUACUACAUGAUACACCAUCUCAAGAAGAGCUGCAAGGUGGAGCAAAACAUCAACCUGCUCGGAUUACGCAACAUCUUCAAGCUAACAGCUAAAGGUUUGGACGCCCAAGAUGCAAUGGAUACGGGCGAUAAUGGGCUGUGCAGCAUACUGCAGGAGAAGAAGAUGUGGAACGGCGAGAACGCGAGCAACCGCCAGGCAACCGGUGGCUGCAAGGAUCGCUGUCUCGUCUGCAGCGUGUGCAACAAGUUCUCCUCGAAGAAGGUGAACGUCAUGCAACACCUGCUGGCCAACCAUAAUGCGGGCAACGAGCUGCUCGGUGGUGCCGAGCUGUCACCGAACGUGCCCUCGCUGUCCCGCAAACCGUUCGACUAUCUGCGAACGCUGGCGGAGGCUCGCUGUGCCCAGAACUUGCGCCUGAUCGAGAAGGUUACGUUUAUGAGCGAUUCGUUCGCAUUGAAGGAAAACUGUAACGAUCUGAAGCACGGCAAUCUGGCGGAGAUGUUGGAGCAGUAUGCGACCCGCCAGGAUGCGACCGAUGCGAGCUUCCCUGCCCGUUCGCCUACGCUGGAGAAGCAGCAGCAACAACAUUCGCCGACCCUGUCCUGUCCACUGUGUGCGGAAACGUUCCUCGAUCAGGCAACGGUAGAGACGCACGUGCUGCGCGUCCACAACAUCAAGAUGGACGGGCUGAACCGGUUGCUGAAGCUGGUCGAUACCUCGCAAUUUUUGAAAACGACCACCAACAACGGCAAACAGCAACCGGUCAGCAAUAGUAGCAGCCCGGUGGAGAAGCCAGGGUCGCCCCAUUCGCCGACCGGCAAGGAGGGUUCGGUGUCGCCGGGCGUACCGAGCAUCCGGUGCUCGUACUGCAAGGCACCGUUCGACACGAUGGUCGACCUGAAGAUACACUGCAACGAGAGUAGCCACUUCCGGCGCAGUGCCGACUCGGAUGAUCUGGCCUGCUUCCUGCACGACUGCAAGGACGCGUUCGACAACCUGGCCGACCUGAACCAACACUUCAAGGCGAGCCAUCUGAAUUUUCUCAUCUCGGAGCACCACACGUACCGGUACCGGUGCAAGCAGUGCCCGUUCGCGUUCAAAACGCACGAAAAGCUUAGCCGCCAUCUGUUCUACCAUUCGCUGCGCGAGUCGACGAAGUGUUUCUACUGCGAUCAUCACUUCAAGAACAUCCACUCGCUGACGGCACACAUCGCGGAGAAGCAUCCGCAGGAGGCGCUCCAGUCCGGCAAGCCAUCACCGCCGGGCAUUGCGUCGCCGGACGCUUCCAUACUCUUCUUCAAGGAUCUCAAGCGCAAGAUGCUCAACAAUCAACAGCAGCAGCAGCAGCAACGGAACGGGCUGAGCCCACGUUCGGAUCGUUCCGGUGGUGGGCGGGAUGCGCGCGAUAGCAUCGACGAGGAUCGGUUGAGCGAAAAGUCCGUCAGCUCUAAGAGCAGCAGCUUCUACUACGACAAAAGCCUCGACGGUAGUGGUACGUCCGAUGGACGCUACACCUGCACCGACUGUCAGUUUACGUUUACGGAUUCGGGUGCGCUCGAGCGCCAUCUUGCCACCGCCUGUCACAUGCCGCGUGACGACAAAGCGUCGCCCGACUCGUUGGCUGCCUCGCUGAUGUCUUCCCUCGCCAAGCAUCAUCAGCAGCAGCAACAACAACAGCAGCAGCAGCAAACGGUCCACCAACAACAGCAGCAACCGUCCGCACAUCAGCAACCGCUGACGGGAUCAUCCGCCACCCAGAUGAGCUCGCUGUUCUACGACAUCAAGUCGGAAAAGUUCACCAACCCGAACCGACCGUUCAAGUGUACGAUCUGCAUGGAAAGCUUCACGCAGAAGAACAUCCUGCUCGUGCACUACAACAGUGUGUCGCAUCUGAACAAGCUGAAGAAGCUGAAGGCGGAGAAAGGAUUUGCGCAGAUGUUUACCGGUUCGUUGCUCGGUACGGACAUCGGUGCUGCGACGGACGGAUGUACGGACAGGGGCAAGAAUUCACCCUCACCAACGGUACCGUUCGGCGAGAAGGCAGUCACGCCCUUCUCGAUGCCUUCGUUCACCGAAGGUUGUGGUGGCGGUACCGGCGGUGGCACUGGUGGAGGGGAGAAGCGUAAGGAGGUCGGUGAUGAGAAGGAGUCAGCGCGCAAGAAGUUCAAGUGUGACAUCUGCAAUGUGGCGUACACGCAGGGCAGUACACUAGACAUCCAUAUGCGCAGUGUGCUCCAUCAGACGCGUGCCUGCCGUAUGCAGGAGCGCAGUCUGUUUUCUGGUCAAUCGAACACACCACAGCAACAGCAGCAGCAACAGGCUCAGCAACCAUCACCGCAGGGUGGUGAAAGCAAGAAGAAGAGUGAGUUCCCACUCAUCCACCCAAUACCCGAGAGUCACGAUCAGUCGCCGAACAUGCUGGAUGAGGUAUCGAUGCGCAAGCUCAAGUCCCCGUCCGAGCAAGCCCAACAACAGCAGCAUCAGCAACAACAGCUUCAACAACAGCAACAGCAGCAAGCACUCGGACCACUGUUCUGUGGUGUGCCGGUUGGUGGACCCGAUAAGCCGGACCUUGCAGUCUGUGAAUGUUGUUACCAGGUGUUCCCGGGUAAGCUGAUGCUCGAGACGCACCUCGAGCUUAGCCCGGAGUGUUUGGCACAUCGCAAGAAGUUGCUCGAUACCGCCACCGGUCUACCGGACGCGAGUGGACCGCUAGGUUUCCCCACCGAUGGUGGCUUCCAGCAGCACCAUCAGGCUCUCAGCGAACUGGCAAAGGUGAACGCACUGACUGGAGGCUUCGAUCUGGGUGCACCGGGCGAUGCGGCCGCAUUGCUUGGCGCGAAAAGUCUCGUCCCGGCAAUGGAUCCGGCUGCUACGGCCGCGGCAGCAGCUGCCGCUGCCAACCUGAUGGAUCCGAGCUUCCUGAAGAACGCGUCACUGCUCCAGUUCGCUGCGAGCGAUCCGACCAACAAGCUCAACCCGAACGCACUGAACGUGCUCAACUUUAUGCAUUUUCACCAUCUGAUGUCACUCAGCUAUCUGAACCUUGCGCCCCAGCUCAGCUUCGGUGGUGUACCGCCAAAGGUCGGUGGAGAUCCGAACAAACCGGACAAUGCACCCGGCGGUGGAGGCCUCGGCGAUCCGACCGGCAAAGGUGGUAAGACAGGGUCCGGUGCAUCCGUCGUACUGCCACCGGUCAGCCUGAACGGGAAGCCACUCGAUUUGAACCUACUGCCGCACGGGCUCGAUCCGAAGCUGGCCGCUCAAUCACCCCAACAGCAAGCGCUCGGGCAGCAACAGCAGCAGCAGCAGCAACAGCAACCCUGCACCCAGAAGCGUGCCCGUACACGCAUCACCGACGAGCAGCUACGUAUCCUUCGCUCCCACUUCGACAUCAACAACUCACCGAGCGAGGAAAGCAUCCAGGAGAUGUCACUGAAGGCGAACCUUCCGCAGAAGGUCGUAAAGCACUGGUUCCGCAACACACUGUUCAAGGAGCGGCAGCGCAACAAGGACAGCCCGUACAACUUCAGCAUCCCACCGUCGACGAAGCUGAACGUGGAGGAGUACGAGCGUACCGGUGAGGCGAAGGUGACCGACCUAGAAACGUCGUUCAAGUCAGCCGAAGUGGGUGGUUCACUGUCGCAGGAUAAUUCCUGCUCGCAGAGUUCCACCGACAUGAGCAAAGCACUGAACGAAGCGAUGAAGCAAAACCUGUCCAAAUCGUUGCUGGAAUCACUGAGCAAGCAUCAGUCCGCAACCGGGCAGGAUUUGGUUGGUGCGGCCGCUGCCUUCCACCUGAACAAGAGCCUCUUCCCCGACACCUUCGGAGGAGGCGGUGCGGGUGGUGGUGGCGGUGUUGUUGGAGGACCGGAUUUUUCCGGCCCUGAUGGUGUUGGAUCGGUGUCGGACUACUUUCAACGGGCGGCAGCCGAUGCGGUAGCACUUGGGGCAGCUGUUCCCGGCUCUGUCGGAGGACCGCUCUCGCUGAGCAUGGGCGGUACCGGUGGUGCAGGAGUAGUGGGCGGUGGCAAUGGAGGAUCGCUCUUGAGUGGAAAUGGUGGCGGAGGCGGUAACGGUGGUGGAGGUGGUGGCAGUGUCGGUGGCAAGAAGAAGAAGAUCAAGUCCGAAUCGUCGAACGACAGUCCGACGCCGGCCGACCUGCAACUCGACUCAUCCAACUCCAGCCCGAUGCCGAUGCGUCCGCCGAGCGCCAUCUCGCUGAAGAAGCACAUGGCCACACCGCCAUCGCUAGUGGUAGGCGAGGAGAUGAAGAUCCCGAGUCCAAUCGAGAGCCCCGUCAUCUCGCCACCCGGCUCGAUGGGUUUGCAUGCGCUGCCGCCCCAAACACAGCCGAUCACCUGCUCGAACGGCAAACGGGCCAACCGUACACGGUUCACCGACUAUCAGAUCAAGGUGCUGCAGGAAUUCUUCGAAAACAACUCGUACCCGAAGGAUAGUGACCUGGAGUAUCUGAGCAAGCUGCUGAUGCUCUCGCCCCGUGUUAUCGUCGUAUGGUUCCAGAACGCUCGCCAGAAGCAGCGCAAAAUUUACGAAAACCAACCGAACCCAACGUUCGAGUCGGACGAGAAGAAGGCCAUCAACAUCAACUACACCUGCAAGAAGUGUAACCUCGUGUUCCAGCGCUACUACGAGCUGAUACGCCAUCAGAAGAACCACUGCUUCAAGGAGGAGAGCAACAAACGUUCCGCCAAAGCGCAGCUGGCCGCGGCCCAGAUCGCACACUCGUUUACCAGCGGCAGCGAGGAUUCGGACUCGAGCCUCGACGUGAGCCGGCGCGAAUUUCAACCGCGCGAAAACGACUGCCCUUUCUAGGAGCCGUGGGGCGGCUGGAGGGCACCAGCUAGUAUGCAACACUAACACUAACGGCCCAGCCCUAGAGCCUCCCCCUGCAGCACCCCUUCCAUCCCGCCGCAUCCUUUCCGUCGACCCCAUUACACCGCCCGUGACAACCGGGUAGAGGGUGGGGUGGGGCGGUGGUAGUGGGUGGGUUAAAAUUGCUUCCAAAUAUUCCUUCAGCGACCCUGUAACUCCUCCCCAUCCCAUCCACACACACACACACACACACAUUCCUUCUCGUUGAGAAAAAGAAACAAACACCUCGCACCUCUCAUGACGGUGUGGCGUUAGUUUUAGACACUUUUUACAUUCCAACUAGUUUUCCUUUUUGAUUUUUGCUUCGUAUCUUUUUGCUAAGUUUUACCUCUUUUGUUCGUCGCCACACUGAUUGAGAAAUUUGUUUUUUCUCUUACUUUUACUUUUUUAGUUCAGUUUUUAGAAGACUUUUUCUUCAUUUGUUCUUGUUUUGUUUUAUUGUCUACGCUUUUACGCUUUAUCGGGUUAAUCAUGGUCAUUCGUAGCAAAACUUUGUUAAACCCUUAAGUGAAAGAAAACGACAUUCCAUAAACCUUCCCCCUACUACUCCUUUCCCCCCCCCCCCCUCCUUCUCGACCGGUCUCCUCCCCGUCCAUGCGGACCAGGGACCGGCAAUCGCCAUUGAAGCAUCUCGCAUCGUUUCAAAAUAAUCGAUUGAUGUGUUAAUUUCCUCGCCUUGAAUUUGCUAGUGAAAAUAUCGUUAUUAUUGUUUUAUUUUAAUAUUUUUUGUUUUAAAUUAUCGAAAUUGAUUUCGAUAUAUCGAAGCAAAAAAAAAGAAGAAACAGAUACAGCAAAGAAACAUCGUUUAAUUUAUAGCGUGUGAACGGUCCAGAAUCGUUUGACGCAUUGAGAUCUAUUUUUUUUUGUAUUAGCAUCGUGUUUACUGCUGUAGGUUUUAAACUGCGUAACGUUUUCUUACAUAUAGAACUUUUUUUUUGUGUGUAUUACUAAACAGAAAACUUGAGUUUAACAAAAAAAAAAAUAUUUGAAGACAAUGAGUCGAAAAUCCCCGCAUCAAAUGUAAUGUGAAAGUUCCUAAAACAAAAGAUCGCAAAUAUUAAGAAUUUAGUUAGAAGAAGAAAAAAAACAGAGGAAACUAAGAAACAGAAA